UUACUUUUCUUUCAGCACCAUUCAUGUGAGUUCUACAGUAGGUGACCUUCUUCUCCGAGAUGUCUCCAGUAGGGUCACUAAUUGCCCUGCUCCUACUCUGCACCUCUUCACUAGCUGAAGAGAAGGCUGUCCAACCGGAAGCACGAUGUGGAUCCAGCUUUAUAGACGAAUACAAACCUGUCCAGAUCCAAGUUGCCGAAGGCCUAGACUGUACCUGGGACAUAGUGAGGACAGCCAAUGAGACCACCCGAGUAAUCUUCUCCGUGCUUGACCUGAAUCCAUCCGCAGACUGUUCCCAGGAGAACAUCACCGUAUUGGAUGAAAAUUUAGAACAGCUUGGGGUGUUGUGCCCAAACUCUGAUAGGAUUGCUGAGUUUGAAUCUUCAGGCACUGUGUAUAUCAGAGUGACCACCAAUUCCGAACCUCGUGAAAGGAAUGCAUACUUCUUUUUUUACUCCCUCAAUCUUGCAAGUGCGUUGAGCUGUGGUGGGGACCUCAGUGGUAGUUCAGGAACAAUUGCCAGCCCCAAUUAUCCUGGACGACAUGACCAUUUCACCUACUGUAUCUGGAACGUGAAAACGCCAAAGAACACAAUAGCUAAGCUGUCAUUCACUGAAAUCUUUAUUGAACCAGAUGCAUCCUGCCGAUUUGAUUUUAUUGCCCUGUUUGAUGGUCCAAAUACAGACGCACCUCUGAAGGAAGUGCUGUGUGGUCGUACGGUGGCUGAGUUGGAGACGUCUUCCAAUUCCUUCACAUUGGUGUUCAGCGCUGAUUACGCCAACUCCUAUUUUGGCUUUUCUGUCGACUACACCACCAUACCAAUAGAAAGCAACGGCUCAUUGUCUUGCUCUGGAGACUCGAUGAAAGUUAUUCUCGAUCCAGUUUACAUUACUUCAUUGGGAUACAAUGCAAAUGAGCUGACAUUGAUUGAUAAAGCGUGUGCUCCUAAUUCUGACAAUCCUAUUGUUUUUGACAUCCCCUACACAAGCUGUGGUACAGUUAAAAAGGUGAAGGAUCAUACAAUUUACUACACAAACACCAUCUUUGCAAGCACGGUUGGCACGAUCACGAGACGUAGACAGCUGCAGGUCAUUGUCACCUGUGAGCUGGAGAAAGACUCCAUUGCUGAGAUUAUGUACGUGACCGAGGAUGACAUAAUCCAAGAACAGACGGAGUUUGGAAAGUAUGAUGUUAGUCUGGCCUUCUACCCAACAGAGGACUUCAUCACGCCGGUGCAGGAGUCUCCAUAUUUCAUUGAACUUAGUGAGUCUGUGUUCCUCCAAGCUACAGUCCAGUCUUCAGAUGCUAACCUCAAGGUGUUUGUAGACACCUGCUUUGCCUCUCCACAAGCUGAUUUCCAGUCACCGAAUUACGAUCUCAUCAGACGAGGAUGUGUGAAGGACAACACUUACCAUAACUACCCGUCUGGCAGUGGCCAUGCCAGGUUCAGCUUCAGCGCCUUCAAAUUCCUGAACAGCCACACCUCCGUCUACCUCCAGUGCCAGUUGGUGAUCUGUGAUAGUAGUGACGCCGGAUCCCGCUGCCAACAGGGAUGUGUCACCCGCGAGCGCAGAGAUCUGGGAUCCAAAGUGUGGAAAACCAACGCGGUACUGGGACCCCUUCGUCUGAAACGCCACAGUGAACCCGAGGCGGCAGGUUCUGUCAGCGAGAAGACUGAAGAGGUGAAGACAGGCCAGAGCAGCUUGUAUGUGUUGGGCAUCUCUGUACUGGUAGUCAAUGCCCUCAUUUUGGCAUUUGUGGUGCUCAGGUACACCCGGAGAGAUACCACAGGUUACUGAUACCAGGCAGUGGCCUCACGCUAACUGGUGACUCUGUAUACACCUCUGUAUACACCCAGUGCGCAACAUUCUACCUGGACCUAAAUAUUCGCAGAAGAUAAAAAGCAAGAUAUGAACAUGUUACCAUACAUAUUAAACAUUUACCUCUAUUUUGGUUCCAAUAUGAACGUCCUACAGAACAACUAUCGUUACCAGUUGGAAUAGUUCAUUAUCUUGUUUAAUUCAAUAAAACAACACCAUGUUUAACCUGCCAA